UUUCAUUUCACCUUAGAAACACACGUAACUCUUUCUCUCUCUCUGUCUUUCUCUCUUUCUCUCUCACAUACACACGCACUAACACCCGGCGGUAGAUAGAUACACAGAUAUAUCUAACCAUUCACAGAUUCGCCAAGACAAUAUAUAAGAAAAACAAAAUAUAUUUUCCCCAUUUUUAUGCGUAUUUCUCUCUCUCUCUCUCUCCCCCCGCCUCGCUCUCUAAUAUUUAUUCUUUUUUUUUUUUUCUGCUUUCGCCGACAACCGCCAUUUUCAUAUUCAAAGCUCCGUUCAGCAGAAGCUGUUUUUUUUUCUUUUUUUUAAAUUUUUUUUCAGGUGCGAAAUCUUUGUUGUUUCUGACUGCAGAAGCGGCGGGGCAAAAGCUGCAGGUAAGAACUAUUGAACUGCUUUCUGGGACGCGUUCUUGUUUCUAAUUCAGUACAAUGAUAGAAGCUGAUAGUGAAAUAAUAAAGCCUGAGAUUCUAAAGGCUUAUGUGUGGCUUCAAACUUCUGAUGGUUCAAUACAACAAGUAGAGCAAGAGGUCGCAAUGUUUUGUCCACUCAUAUGUCGUGAAAUACAAUCAGGAAUGGGAUCUUCUAAGAAUUACCCUAUCUCCCUACCUUCACGGGUCAAUCCUCCUAUGUUGAGUCUGAUUCUUGACUACUGCCGAUUUCAUCAAGUACCAGGACGCUCUAACAAGGAGAGGAAGUCCUUUGACGAGAAAUUUGUUCGAAUGGAUACCAAAAGGCUAUGUGAAUUGACCUCAGCUGCUGACAGCCUGCAACUGAAGCCCCUGGUUGAUCUCACUAGUCGUGCACUUGCACGAGUGAUUGAAGGGAAGAGUCCGGAAGAAAUACGAGAGAUAUUUCAUCUUCCUGAUGAUCUAACAGAGGAAGAAAAGUUGGAGCCUAUAAAAAAUACCAUGGAUGAUCCAAGGAUUCGGCUUUUGAAUAGAUUGUAUGCCAGGAAGAGAAAAGAAUUAAAAGAAAGAGAGAGAUUAAAGAAUACUGAGGUUGAAGAGGAUCGUGCAGAUGAGCGUUCUGUUGAUGAUCUCUUAUCAUUUAUUAAUGGAAGCAAUGAAGGUGGACCAUUUGAUACAUAUGGGUUUGCAGAUUCUAAGGCAAAUAGAGCUUCUAAAAGUAAAAAGAAGAAUCGUAAGAGAAAAGAUCAUCACAAGGCUGCUCCUUCAAACUGCACUAGUACAUCAAACAGCACAACUGCUUCAAGCGAUGCUGUAUACAUGAAUAAGAAGGAAUCGAAUGAGCUUGAUUCUAUGCGUAGUAAUCCUACAUGUCAUGGCAAUCUUUCGCCCAACCCUUGUAAUGGCACAAAGUUGCAUAACAUCGAAGAUAACACAAUUCCACCUGCUGAAGAUGAGUUUGAUGAUUGUGAUUUAGAUGAUGAUAUUGACCCUGCGUUGAAAGAAAAAAUUGAUAGGGAAGUGGAAGACUUUGCCAGACGAUUAAACUCAGAUUGGCCUGAAAGAAUGCAACAGAUUCUGUCUCUGGGUCAAGAGAGAAGAACAUUACAAUUGACUGCUAACGGAAAUGGGUCCUUGAGGAUAUUUACAAGUCUAGAUGAGAGCCGGAAAUGAUCCUCUGGUCGAACCCCUAUCAACUUCAAAAUGGAGACUGGCCAGAAAAGUUUUGGUCAUUUUGUUGGACUGUGGGGUUGGUUAUGGCGCCCAUACUCCGGCUCAGGAUGCACAUCAGUGUGGAUUCACAUUCAAGUUGAUUGGUAAAUUUUUGACAUUGAGAGAUUCAGUUUUGAUGUUUGUAGUUGAGUUCGUGUACGUUUACAGAAACAACAAUAAGGAAAAGAAUGUUUUUAAGGUGUCAAUACAUGCAAAUUUUGCCAUUUGCCUUUUA